CCAUAUCCAAAAAACCCGCCAACUCCCUCCAUUACAAGCGUAACCACCCUCUCCUUGCCGCCCGGAAGAGAGAAUACUCCCUCAAACGAUGGCGUAUAUGUCGUCUCUAUCCUUCUCUACAUCCUUUCAAGCCAACAACCCGAUAUUCUCUCCACCCUGUCCGUCCAUCUCCAAGCCUAAAACCCUAACCAGAACCUCAACCGUCGCCGCCAUUCCCCCUUUUUCCAUAGCCGCAGCUACUGACAUCCCGGCCGUCGACAGCACUACCAUCGCCGUCAUUGGCGGAGGCUCUGUGGCCGCCCUUGCUGCCGUACUGUCUUUCACUGAUCCCGAGCGGAGGCGGCGACUCCAGGCGGAGGAGGUCGGCGGUGGCGACAAGGAGGUCGUGAGGGAGUACUUCAACAACUCAGGAUUCCAACGGUGGAAGAAGAUAUACGGGGAAACCGAUGAGGUUAACAGAGUACAGCGUGACAUUAGACUCGGGCACUCGAAGACCGUCGAGAAUGUGAUGAAGAUGUUGACCGAAGAGGGGUCACUGAAUGGGGUUACUGUUUGCGACGCUGGUUGUGGCACGGGCUGUCUAGCAAUUCCGCUCGCGAAGGAGGGGGCAGUAGUGUCGGCGAGCGACAUCUCGGCUGCCAUGGUUGCUGAAGCUGAGAAGCAGGCAAAAGAGCAGCUUCAGGUGGAUAAUGAUAGCUCCUCAGCUGCGAUAGUGAUGCCCAAAUUUGAAGUGAGUGAUCUGGAGAGCUUAAAUGGAAAGUAUGAUACAGUGGUCUGUUUAGAUGUUUUGAUACAUUACCCACAAAGUAAAGCUGAUGGAAUGAUUGCCCAUCUUGCUUCAUUGGCUGAUAAACGAUUAAUUUUGAGCUUUGCACCAAAGACAUUUUACUAUGAUCUGUUAAAAAGGAUUGGAGAGUUGUUCCCAGGCCCUUCAAAGGCAACGAGGGCAUAUCUUCAUGCAGAGGCCGAUGUGGAGCGAGCACUGCAGAAAGUUGGGUGGAGGAUAAGAAAGAGAGGCCUAACUACUACGCAGUUUUACUUUGCAAGACUGGUUGAGGCUGUUCCGGUAUAGAGGCAACACGAGAGUGAUGAUUUUUGGCGUACAGGGAAGGUAAAAGCACUUUUGGAUGGAGGAUUUGUUUAGUAGAAAAUUCAGGUGAUUUCUUGAGGGAGGAAAGGUCGAGGCUGCUUAAGCUUUCAGGUUCAAUAGCCAUGAAUGCCGUCCUUCCCAAUCUUUUGUGGGUAGGGGAUCUUAUAUUCUGCGCCAAUUGCCCAAUUAUCUACCAUGAGGGGAAGUCCGCCCUCCCAAUGUUCGCGUCCAAACAUGGAUGUUUUUUUUUCUUUUACAAAAACUUCUUCAUAUAUUCAGUGUCCAAUUGUGGAUGUUACUUAUUUGCACCAUAAAGUUU